AUGUCCUUCGGAAGCCAUCCCCGAAAGACCAACAAAAAGAAUUUGCCACUGGAAUCUCUAAUGCCACAAGUUCCACGUAGCAAUUACUUGCAAUUUCAGGAAGAAAAGCAAAGACUACAACUAAAGAAAUUCCUUCUUCAUAGGAUGUUCCUAGUGGCCAGGAUAACAGCAAACAUAGAAAAAAAAGAUAUUGCUGACUACUAUGAACAACUGUUUCAGUCAAUUUUGAAACGACACCUAGGAGAAGCAGUGACAGGAUUGUUGCUCAUAUAUCCUACUUCCAUUCUGCAUAUCCUGGAAUCCUCCAGUGGUACUUUGUACCAAAUUCUUUUAGAUUACCUGAGCCAUAAAAAGGAUGACAUGGAAUUUUUUAUCCAAGGAAUGAAGAUGAUAGUCAUGUCCCACAAUGUCCCAACAAGGCUCUUUAUGCAGUGGCAUGUUUCAGUAAUAAAAGCACCGGUCAUGUACCUAGACGACAUGACACAGACACAGUCCCUGCAAGAGGUCAUGACAGAAUUUCUCAUCCAGACACACAAACUAGCCCUUCACCUGUUUAAGACUGUGAAAGUGAGCCCUAAAGGCCCAGGAGACAGUUUGCACCAAGCUGCACCCGAAUUACUCCUCCCAGAACAAAUAAUAAAGUACUUGUGCAACUCUGCAGAAUUAAUGGACCCAGAAGGUUUUAUAAACAUGUACAAUAAACCCAUACAUGUCACCUUAGAUUCUGAGGUGGUAUGGCCCGCUCCUUCCCGUUUCUAG